UGUAGCUAUAUGGUUGGUGGGUUUAGCAUCAUAAAUUCAGAGAGCAAAGAUCCCAUUCAUAAUCACUCUCCCUCUUCCACUGCAAGAGAUCUACAUUUCUAAGAAAAGAAAAAAGGAUACUUUUGAUGGAGAGUUUGAUGUGUGCUCGGAUCAAUUUGACUCCGGUUCGCUCUCUCUGUAGUUGCAAAAACAACCCAAUACACGUUCCUUUAUUGGCUCCCAGAGUUACAAGGAGAGUGUUGGUUUCUCCAACUGUGGUAAUGGGAAGCCCAAAAUCAUUCAAUUCGGUUGCUGCUUCUGUUCAGCCAGUGGAGGACUCAGCAACGAGCCGUUUUGACAACACGUUGCCUUCUAAAGAGAUCCUUGAUGUGUGGAGAAAUGCGAAUGCUGUAUGCUUCGACGUGGAUAGCACUGUGUGUGUGGACGAGGGAAUCGAUGAGCUGGCAGAGUUCUGUGGAGCCGGAGAGGCUGUUGCAGAAUGGACUGCCAGGGCAAUGGGCGGUUCUGUUCCUUUCGAGCAAGCACUGGCUGCCAGAUUAUCUCUUUUUAGCCCAUCCCAGUCCCUGGUUCAGGAGUUCCUCGAGAAGAGACCUCCAAGGCUCUCGCCUGGAAUCGAGGCACUUGUGAAGAAGCUGCAUGAAAAGAACAAGACUGUCUAUCUCGUGUCUGGAGGAUUUCGUCAAAUGAUAAACCCCAUCGCUACACUACUUGGGAUACCACUCGAGAACAUAUACGCCAAUCAACUUCUCUUUGGAAGCUCUGGGGAGUUUUCGGGUUUUGAUCCCAACGAGCCUACUUCAAGAAGUGGUGGGAAAGCCGUUGCUGUUCAGCAGAUUAGGAAGGCCCGAGGUUUCAAGUCUCUAGUCAUGAUUGGAGACGGCGCAACUGAUCUUGAGGCUCGGAAGCCCGGUGGGGCCGACUUGUUUGUAUGCUAUGCUGGAGUUGUGCUCCGAGAGCCGGUUGCAGCUAAAGCUGAUUGGCUGGUCUUCAAUUUCAAAGACUUGAUCAACUCACUGGACUAGGCAUGGUUGAAUAACCCUUCAUUUUCUGUUUUCUUCAUUUUUCUCUUUUUCAUUAUUCUAUAAUUAUUCAGUGAGUUUCCCUAUAUUGAUGUUUUUAUUCUCGCAUAUUUGUCUGAUUUUUUAGCCAUAGUGAAGAAAUUUAGGUCCAGUUUUUGGACAAAUGAAAGUGAUAAUUAGCUUA